CUCGGGGGCGCGCAGAUGGCGACGCAGGUGGAGGCGCUGCUGCCCGGCACGGCCCCGCUGCUGCCCGCCGAGGAGCGCGCCCUGGUGCUGAAGCCGCCGCAGGACGGCGGCCGGGAGAAGGGCGAGCCGCCCAUGGGCCCCGACGGCGGGCCGGCGGCGCCGAGGCCGCCCAGCGCCAAGCAGCAGAAGGAAGAGAGCAACAACCAGGAGAAGGAGAGCCUGCUGAGAGCCGGCGGCGAGGCGGAGGACGGCGGCGAGGCGGGCGGCGCGGGGCGCCGGGAGUUCAUCGAGGCCCCGCCGCCCAAGGUGAACCCCUGGACGAAGAACGCGCCGGCCGUGAACGGGCAGUCGCCUCCCGAUAUAUUUCCAGCUGAUGGCCAGUCUGAACUUACAACUCCAGCAAAAGUGGUGAGGGCUGCCAACCCGAGACAGAGGAAAGGAAGCAAGGUUGGUGACUUUGGUGAUGCCACAAAUUGGCCAACACCUGGAGAAAUAGCCCACAAGAGUGUCCAGCAGCCGCACAAAGCUCCAUCCGUUCGGAAGCUGCCUGUCAAGAAAGACAUGAAAGAGCAGGAAAAGGGGGAUGGGAGCGAUGGCAAAGAGAGCCUGAAAACCAAAUCAGAUGAGUCUGGGGAGGAGAAGAAUGGUGAUGAUGACAACCAGAAGUCAGCCCAGAAGAAGAAAGGCAACAAACACAAGUGGGUCCCUCUGCAGAUAGACAUGAAGUCAGAGGUGCCUAGGGACAAAACAGCCUCUCGGAACAACCGGCAGAACGAGCAGCACAGGCACCCUUCCAACAACCGCAGCGAGCUCAAAGGCUGGCACCCCGACAACAAGCACGAGCGCAGCUGGCAGGACCAUGAUGAGACCUCCAGCGUGAAGAGCGAGGGAGGGGCCGUGCGAGGAACCUUCCGGGGCCGAGGCCGCGGCCGGGGCAGGGGUCGUGGCCGUGGCAGAGGAGGGCACUUUGACUACCAGUACGGAUACCGGAAAUUCGAGGGCUCGGACGGCUCCCGCACCCAGAAGUACGCCAGCAACAUCACCUACUACUUUGACAACAUCAGCAGUGCUGAGCUCUACAGUGUGGACCAGGAGUUGCUCAAGGACUACAUCAAGAGGCAGAUAGAAUAUUACUUCAGUGUGGACAACCUGGAGCGAGACUUCUUCCUGCGCCGCAAGAUGGACUCGGAUGGCUUCCUGCCCAUCACACUGAUCGCCAGCUUCCACCGUGUGCAGGCACUGACCACUGACAUCAGCCUCAUCAUCAAGGCUCUGAAGGACAGCAAGGUGGUGGAAAUCGUGGAUGAGAAGAUCAGGAGAAAAGAGCAGCCAGAAAAAUGGGCUCUGCCUGGCCCUCCUAUGGCAGACUACACACAGACAGACUUCUCCCAGUUCAUCAACUGCCCCGAGUUUGUGCCCCGGCAGAGCUUCCAGAAAGAGACUGAAUCCGCUCCAGGCUCCCCACGUCCUGCCAGCCCAGUCCCCACCAAAACAGAGGAGGUCAGUAACCUGAAGACAAUGCCCAAGGGCCUGUCCACAAGUCUGCCAGACCUGGAUUCAGAGACAUGGAUUGAAGUGAAGAAGAGACCCCGACCUUCCCCAGCCAGGCCCAAGAAACCAGAGGAGUCAAAGACACCACAGCAGCAGAAGCAAAAGGACCAAGAUGAACCUGAGGAGCUGGACUUCCUGUUUGAUGAGGAGAUGGAGCAGAUGGAUGGCCGCAAGAACACCUUCACAGACUGGUCGGACGAAGACUCGGAUUACGAGAUCGACGACCGCGACGUCAACAAGAUCCUCAUCGUGACACAGACCCCUCCGUACCUGCGCCGGCACCCCGGCGGCGACCGGACUGGCAACCACACGUCCAGGGCUAAAAUGAGCUCAGAGCUGGCCAAGGUGAUCAAUGAUGGGCUCUACUACUAUGAGCAGGACCUGUGGACAGAGCAGUUUGAGCCGGAGUAUUCGCAGAUCAAGCAAGAGGUGGAGAACUUCAAGAAGGUGAAUAUGAUCAGCAGGGAGCAGUUUGAUACCCUGACCCCAGAGCCCCCCGUGGAUCCAAACCAGGAAGUCCCUCCUGGUCCCCCCAGGUUCCAGCAAGUACCUACAGACGCUUUGGCCAACAAGCUCUUCGGAGUCCCUGAGCCUUCCACCAUCGCCCGCUCUUUGCCCACGACUGUCCCAGAAUCGCCCAACUACCGCAACGCCCGGACCCCCCGCACCCCGCGCACGCCGCAGCUCAAGGACCCCACACAGACGCCCCGCUUCUACCCAGUGGUGAAGGAGGGCAGGACGAUAGAUGCCAAGACUCCACGGAAGAGGAAGACGAGGCACAGUUCGAACCCUCCGAUGGAGUGCCACGUGGGCUGGGUGAUGGACUCCAGGGAGCACAGGCCACGGACUGCCUCCAUCAGCUCCAGCCCCUCGGAGGGGACCCCGGCCGUCGGGAGCUACGGCUGCACCCCGCAGUCCCUGCCCAAGUUCCAGCACCCCUCACACGAGCUGCUCAAGGAGAACGGCUUCACACAACACGUCUACCACAAGUACCGGCGGCGCUGCCUUAACGAGCGAAAACGACUGGGCAUUGGUCAGUCCCAGGAGAUGAACACGCUUUUCCGGUUCUGGUCCUUCUUCCUCCGAGAUCACUUCAACAAGAAAAUGUACGAGGAGUUCAAGCAACUGGCUGUGGAGGAUGGGAAGGAGGGGUACAGGUACGGUCUGGAGUGCCUUUUCAGAUACUACAGCUACGGGCUGGAGAAGAAAUUCCGGCCAGACAUAUUUAAGGACUUCCAAGAAGAGACCAUCAAGGAUUAUGAAGCUGGGCAGCUCUAUGGGCUGGAAAAGUUCUGGGCCUUCUUAAAAUAUUCCAAAGCCAAAAAUCUGGACAUUAACAGCAAACUGCAAGAAUACCUCAGCAAGUUCAAGCGCCUCGAGGACUUCCGAGUAGAUCCACCCAUGGGGGAGGAAGGUGGACACAAGAGAUACCCUACGACGUCAGGGGGUGAUGGCAGGAAGCGCUACCCAUCCCAGUCUUCCAGCAAAACGGUCAGCCAGUGCCCAUCCAGCCAAGCCCACGCCUCAGCCAGCCAGCCUGCACAAGAGGAUGCCAAAAACCUGAGCCAGCAAUCCCCUGCCCCAUCAGCUGCAGAGUCGCAGACAGUGGGGAAGUAGAGAGGCUGCAGCGUCCGCUUCCUGCCGGGGGGUGGGGUGGGUUGGUGGGGAAUGGCUUGGAGAAGGGCAGACAUGAGGGGGUGGGACAGGAAGGGAGCUGGAAGGUGGGUUCCCAGGAAUAGGCUGCUUGGGAGAAACUUCAACGCACACGAUUUUCUUCUCUUGUGGCUGGAAAGCAAAGACGAUCUGCAUCCAAAACACCAUUUUGCUAUUAUUACCCUGACUAGAGCCAGACCCGCUCCCAGCAGACCCACCCUUCCCUUUCCCUCUCCUCCUGUGCACACACUCAUGUCUUAGUGUCUCUUCAAAAUGAAAUGUGUUCUGGCUGGGUUGGAAAGGGGAGAUUUUUUUAUUAUUAUAUAUAUAUAUCAAGUUUUAAAUUAUUGCUAGAAGUUCGUCUGGAUUUACCAAAACAAGUCUGCUCUGUGUGGCCCCCAACGAGUCCCCUGUGUGUCCCCCUCGGAUGGCGGGGCAGCCGCUCAGGAAGCUCGGAGGAGCGAGGUUCCCCAGUGGGGGACCGAAGCCACAGCGUGUGCCGAUGCUGCGGAGCCUCUGACCUCCAUGACCCGGCUGGCGUCUCCCAUUCCAGCGCGGCGGUGCCUCCCUCUGCGACGCCGACUGCGCGCCAGGAGCAUCGCCCUGCUCCUUCUCCCGCUCCCUUCUCCCCAGCGUCUUCACCUUCCCGAGGGUCUGGCUCUCCCUGUGUCCACCUCUCCCUUCCGUCACGGACAAUUUGGAAGUCAACCAAAGGACCUUUGCCAAGGAUUGGCUUGUUGUGACUCCUUCCUGUGAGGAUGGCUGGUUGGGAGGCUGGCAAGCACCUGGACUCGAGCCUGCGUGGACGGUGCACCCGCUGCCCCAGGAACACCCAUCUCUUGCAAAGACAGGACUUUGCUGAAGGAGCUUUUCUCUUCCUUUUCCCUUGGAAAAAAUGACAUAACAAAAAAAAAAACCCCACAACCCCCUCUAAAACAACAAC